GCCAAGAAAGCAAAUUAAUUCUAACUUGACAACAUUUUGUCAAAAUUGCUAGUCACAACUUUAUUUUUUUUAUUAAUUAAUAAAAUGGCCUGUUUCACCGAUUUCAGUAGGUCUUCUUCAACCUGUACACUGGCAGAAGUUUUUCGAUGUUUUAUAUGUAUGGAGAAGCUCCGUGAUGCCCAUCUUUGUCCGCACUGUUCCAAGUUAUGUUGCUAUGUCUGUAUUAGAAGAUGGCUCACAGAACAGAGAUCUCAAUGUCCCCAUUGCCGGGCUUCUUUGCAUUUACAUGAGCUAGUAAAUUGCAGAUGGGUUGAAGAAGUUACACAGCAGUUAGAUUCUUUACAAGCUGUCAACGUCAGCGGAAAUCGCGUUGAAGAUAAUGACAGAGACAAAUGUCUAACCCAUAUGGAAAAACUUUCUGUUUAUUGCUGGACUUGUCGUUGUUGUAUAUGUCAUCAGUGUGCUUUGUGGGGUGGCACCCACUCAGGGCACACAUUCAAGCCCCUAGAGGAGGUUUAUGAACAGCAUAUAACUCAAAUCAAAGACGAAGUUGCCCAAUUGAGACGUAGACUUAUGGAACUUAUUAGCAUUGUCCAAGAAGUUGAAAGAAAUGUCGAUUCAGUUAGAUCAGCCAAAGACGAGAGAGUUCGGGAAAUUCGAAAUGCAGUGGAGUUGAUGAUUGCAAGAUUGGAUUCACAGUUAAAGACUAAAUUGCUGACGUUAAUGGGACAGAAGGACUCAUUAACUCAG